AUGCAGAUCACAGAGAUGACCUUGCUACGUUUAUUGUUUGGGAUGACUGAUGCUUUAUUGAUAGAAGUGUGCUCAUCAUUUGAUCCAUCUCUUCCAUUUACUAUCAUAUAUUCUUUCCAUGCUACUUCUGAUGGACUUAGACAGGAAAUCAAUAAUCUCUUCGUCCAGUCAGUUUAUCUCUUGCUUUUUGUGAAUAAUGUCUAUGCACUUAGAGAUUAUGUCCGGUUUAUUGGAAUGUGCAUCAGUAGAGAAAUGCUCAUCUGUAGAAGUGUUGGUCACUAA